CUAGGCAAUUUGAAGGAAAACACCUCGGCCUGUGAACGCGACCUCUUCGUGACGGAUCCGUAUGGCGACAAGCAAGCUUUAAAGCGCAAGAAAGGCGACCGUGCUACUGGGACCUGCGAGUGGAUACUCUGUACGAAAGAGCUUUUUGCCUGGCUUGGUUCUGGAAUGGCGGACGGUCCCCAGGGACAAGCGAACCAAGUCCUUUGGCUCCACGGAAACCCUGGAACGGGUAAAUCGAUCAUGGCUAUAUACCUCGCGGAAGAGCUACCGACAGCUUUAUUCAACAUGGAGGGGGACGAGGUGACGCUAGGCUACUUUUUCUGUGACUCUGGCUUUCACACACGGAGGACUGCAACCUCGAUCGUCCGAGGGCUUCUCUACCAGCUCAUUAGAAAGCACAAGAAGCUUCUCGAUUUCAUCUUGCUAGAGUACCGUUCACGUGGGGCUGAGCUUUUUACGUCGUUCGAUGCUCUCUGGAGUAUAUUUAUGGACAUGGUGGCAGACCAGAGUAUCGGUCGAAUAUACUGUAUCAUUAACGCGCUGGAUGAAUGCGACCAAGAAUCAAAACAGAUCCUGUUACAACAGCUUGAAGAAACCUUUCAGAGCCAAGAAACCUCGCCCAAUGUUCGAAUAUUAGUGACUAGCAGGCCAUAUCCGGAGAUACGCGAAAGUCUGGAGAUGUUCCCGAAUAAGGAUUUGGCUUCUUUUCCCGAGGGACAGGAGGACAUUGAUCUUUGCAUUGAGGAAAGACUGAAUUUCUUGGCCAAAAGAAAAAAGUACACCAAUAAGGUCAAAGAGCAAGUCCGCAAGAUUCUCCGAGACAAGGCUGAGGGCACUUUCCUCUGGGUUGGCUUGGCCUGUGAGGAACUGAAGGAUAUUCCUUCAAGCCGUGUUAUCAGUACUUUGCAAGACAUACCGAAAGGGCUUCAUGCAAUCUACAAGAAGCUUCUUGAGACGGCUUGGGCACAGAACGAGACCAGUGGCGAUGACCUCCAACGAUUCCUAAGCUACAUGGCUGUAAGUUCGCGACCACUGACCGUGGCGGAACUCUGUGAAGCAUGCCAAUUGUACGAGGAGGAAGAAGACUUUGAGACAAGAAUCCGAUUCACACACGACAAUAUCGAGUCCUGCCGCUUGAUGGUCGUCAUUCAGGAGGAAAAGGUUCUUCUAUUACACCAAUCAGUGAAGGACUACCUAGUUGGGGCUAGCUCGAGCUAUUUCAUCGAAGUGGCCGAGGCACAUGCCCGUCUUGCUUAUCGGUGUGUUGAUAUUCUCAUCGCGCAAUUCUACAGUACAUAUCAACUUCAUACUGGCUUUUUGGAUUAUGCAACCCUUGAAUGGCCUCAUCAUGCGCGUAUGUCUGGUUCAAAAUUCAAGGUUCAAUCUGAACAAGCGAAAUUCUUUCAACUUCUUUCUCCUUGUCGGGAUGCGUGGCUACAGAGAAUCAUUUCAGCAUCGGAGCUCUUGAGAUUUCCCACAAACUUCUCCGUAUUUCACGUAGCUGCACUGUGGGGCAUUGCUGCCCUAGUGGAUUAUGCCUCCGAGUUAGGAGCCCAAGGAAGCCAAAGAGAGGGUUCGAAUCAUGUCGUGCAUAUCAAUUGCUUAGAUGUUGAAGGGAGAACGCCCCUUGAAUAUGCAGCUGAGUCGGAUGAUGCGGAUUCUGUUGCUGCCCUUCUGAGCCGGGGAGGGACGGUUACUGCACAGACCGUCAUAGCUGCGGCCGAAAAUUGCAGCAAUGGGAAAGAAGUGAUGGAAAUUCUUAUCGACCGAUGUGGAGACCAGAUUAGUAUCACUGACGAGGUUUUGAAGGCUACGGCUCAAAACGAGAGGAAUGGAAAACAAGUAAUGGCACUUCUUCUCGACCGUCGUGGAGACGAAAUCACUAUCACCGAAGAGGUAGUGAUCGCUGCGGCUCAAAACGAGGAGAAUGGGAAAGAAGUGAUGGCACUUCUUCUCGACCGCCAUGGGGAUCAAAUCACUAUCACCGAAGAGGUAGUGAUCGCUGCGGCUCAAAACGAGGAGAAUGGGAAAGAAGUAGUGGCACUUCUUCUCGACCGUCGUGGAGACCAGAUCACUAUCACCAAUGAGGUAUUGAAGGCUGCAGCCGGAAAUUGGUUCAGAGGGAAAGAAGUGAUGGCACUUCUUCUCGACCAUCAUGAAGGCCAGAUCAGUAUCUCCAACGAGGUAUUAAUUGCUGCGGCUAGUAAUAUGGGGAAUGGGGCAGAAGUAAUCGCUCUCCUUCUCGAUCGUCAUAGAGACCAGAUCACUAUCGCCGAAGAGAUAGUAAAGUCCGCAGCCGGAAAUUGGUUCAAAGGGAAAGAAGUGAUUGCACUUCUUCUCAAUCAUCAUAGAGACCAGAUCACUAUCACCGACGAGGUUUUAAAGGCUGCGGCUGGAAAUAUAAGGAAUGGGAAAGAGGUAAUGGCACUACUUCUCGAUCGUUGUGGAGACCAGAUCACUAUCACCUACGAGGUGUUGAAGGCUGCGGCUGGAAAUAUGAUAAAUGGGAUCGAAAUAAUGGCACUUUUGGACCAAUACGGAGAUCGGAUCACUUUUACUGUUGACGCGAUGGAAGCCAAAGCCAAUUUUCUCAGUGAGGUCGAUAUUCAGAUGGUAUCGACCGAGGAGCUCGAAUUUGACGACUGA